AUGCCUACUGAAAGAAUAUAAAGGUUGUUUUGAAAUAUAAUUUCUAAAAAUUAUUGUAUGUAGAUCUAAAUCUAUAUUGACUAUUUUGCUUAGAGUGACAUACAUUUCCUAAUGACAAAAUCUUACUUAGCUUGCUAUUUAGUAUUUUGUGCUAAGCUUCACCACUUCAUCUUGUCUCAUAUUUGAAAAGUAUUCUAAAACUCGGUUAGUAGACCGCCCUUGGCAACAUGUUUACCUUUUAUUUUCCACUGCUGUUUGUAACCUUAUAAGUUUAAUUUAACAAGAUAAUUCUGCCUCACAAUGAACGUCUCAAUAAAUAAUGAUCCCCUUAAUUUUACUUCAUGUGAUAAAUGCAAAAAGGAACAAACGACAAAAGGAACAGAACAGCUGUUUUUAAAGUCUGUUUCCAUUUGGGUCAACAAACCCCACGUCGUGAACAGACGACUUUGCGGAUCCAAGAUAAACCAAGUGUACCGACUUCAUUCUAAAACGGAGGUGCUGGAAGUUUUGCAGAAUAAUUGCUGCAGAUUAAAUGAUGUACAAGAACAUUUACAUUUUACAGACUUGGCUGAUGAAACCACGCCUUUUGUUUUGAUUAUUAGAGAACUAGUUCCAAAAUCUGAGUUCUUUCCAAAACUUUUAGAGGCUGUUGUUUAUGAUAAAGAAAGAGCAUCAGUUAGUUUUAUACCUGUUGGACAAGACUGUGUUGGAGUCAGGGAAAGUAUUGCCCCUACAUUUGAACUCAAGUACUGCUUUCAGUUCCAAAAAAUUAAUGAAACUUUCCCAGCUUGGGCCCAGGUGAAUGAGAUUGUCCUAUCCUGGUCAUGUGAUCAUGAAGAAAAUGAAGAAACUCGCAGGCAGUUGUCGUCCCAUUGGCUACACUCUACUCUGCUGGAAAAACUAGUCAUUUGGUCUCACAUCAAUGACAUUUCAACCUCAGCUACAUCCUUGACCCUGGUCCCCAUUGACAAGUACAAAGACACUUAUGUCAGACUUAAAAACUGUUAUGGAAGAGAUUUAGUCAAGAAUUGGACAGAGAGAACAGAUCCUAAAAAGUUUGUUUAUGAAGAUGUGGCUAUAGCUGCAUAUCUCUUGCUGAUAUGGGAAGAGGAUCGCAAAAAGAAAGGGAUAUCAAAGAAACAAAGCUUUGUAGACCUGGGCUGUGGAAAUGGAUUACUUGUUUACAUUCUCACUAAAGAAGGGCAUAAGGGGCUGGGGAUUGACUUGAGGAAGAGAAACAUCUGGGACACAUUUGGUCCUGACAUUGACCUCAGGGUAGAAACCAUCAGUCCCUCUGCUGAUCAUUUGUUCCCAGACUACGACUGGAUCAUUGGCAACCACAGUGAUGAGCUCACUCCAUGGAUUCCAGUAAUAGCUGCCAGGUCCUCCUACGACUGUUGUUUUUUUGUCUUGCCAUGCUGCCACCAUGAUUUUGUCGGGAAAUUUGGUGUCAGUGAGAAGGGGAAAAGUCGCUACGAGUCCUACCUGGACUACGUGAAGGAGAUUGUGUCGUACUGCGGCUUUCACCCCGAGUCUGAUACACUGAGGAUACCGUCAACAAAGAGGAUUUGUUUUAUUGGCCGUGCGAGGAAGUACAAGAAGGAGGAAGAACCUGUGGCUGAUGUGGAGAGGCAAGCCUUCAUAGACAAGAGGACAACCCACAGCCACAGUCUGAUCUCACACAGGCAGAAGUACCCGUACAUCCCAGCAAAGAGGGCCCAGUCUGCUGAGUGCUCACAGCUUCAGGGGUCAGACUCUGGUAGUCAGGGGUCACAGGCUGGUACCCAGGGUCAGGGGUCAGAGGUUACUUGCCAAACUGAAAGAUUAGCUCACCCACCUCAGCUAAAACCAGGGGACUGUAGUGACGUGGACAUGGAGUUGAACUAUGAACCUGACCUUAGCUCAGCGCCAGGAGAAAUUUCGAAUCCUCUGGUCACAGAUAAAAGAAAAUGUGAUAACCUUGACCCUGGUCCACUUCAAAGGUUAGACGCAACGAGUCAUCAGGUCAAAAAAAUAAAGAACAGUAGUGCAUCCUGCAGGCAUAUAUCAGCAGACAGUUCCUGUAAUCAACAAGCAGAUACAGAUAACACACAAUGUUCUGCCGUGACAUGUACGGGUGAAUCCGCAAACUCCUACAGCAGCUGUGAAAAAGUGUCAGAAUCCAUGGAUUCCAGGAACAGCAUUGGAAACAAUUCAGUGGACGGCGUCUCGCUGGGCGGGGCUAAACAGUGGGCGGCGGAGUUCCAGCCGAGGGCGGAGGAGAGAGUGAGGAACUGUCAGAGCGUGCCGGAGCACAUCAAGCUGCAGAUAGUCAGCGCCGUGUUCCAGCUGGUGCUGAAUGCCCCUGAUGCUGUCAGGGUGACACUGGAGACUGGGAGGACUUGGAGAAGGGGAGGGUCUGUGCCGCUGAACCAAGUAGCGGAAUUGUUUGACAAGCCAACGCUACAUGCCCUCAAGUCUGAGUGUGGAGGUCUCCAGACUUUGUUGCGCAACCACAGCCAUGUGUUUCAAGUAACUGGAGGUCAGGUACAACUAAGGGACUUCACCCAAGCCGACCCAUGGAAGGGAAGAAACCCAAACAAACUGAAGGGGAAGCAACAGAGGGACACAAGGAAGACAACUCUCUGCUGGUUCCAUGUCCACCACCCAGAAGGCUGCCCUAGGCCCAGUGAUGAGUGCCAGUUUGCUCAUGGGCAGAUAGAGCUAAAGAGGAAAGAAACAGCUGAUGUUAAGUAGUAGUCAGUUUUAGCAGUAGCAAACUGGGCUAUAAAUAGAUGUCAUUAGCUAGAGCUUUUGAGUUAUGUUUAUUUGAUUUGGAAAGAUAUUUCACAUCAUUGUAAUGUCAACAUACUGUAACAUAAUGUAUUGCUGAUAUGUGCUAGAACAUGAGGUGUGUACUGGAACAUUUAGAGUGUGCUAGAACAUAUAAAAAGUGCUAGAACAUUUAAAGUAUGCAAGAACACAAAAGGUGUGGUAGAACAUAUAAAGUGUAAUAGAACACUUAAUGAGUGCAAGAACAUAUAUAGUGUGCUAGAACAUAUAAAGUGUGCUAGAACAUUUAAAGCGUGCUGGAACAUAUAAAGUGUGCUAGAAUAUUUAAAGUGUGCAAGAAAAUGUAAAGUGUGCUAGAAUAUAUAAUGAGUGCUAGAAUAUAUAAAGUGUGCAAGAAAAUAUAUAGUGUUCUAGAACAUAAAGUGCGCUAGAACAUUUAGUGUGUGUUAGAACAUGUAAAGUGUCUAGAACAAAUGAUAUGUAAAAGAAAUUGUCAUGUGUUCAUAACAUGUUCUAAAAUGUUCUGUUUAUUUUUCCAACACCUAAUACUGUCCUAUAUAAUGAGUACUCCCUGCUCUGUUAGACAAUAAAAUCAGUCAGCAUUGUCAACACCUCUCUAUCAUAAAACCCAUGUUCCCUUGUUAUUUUACCUAUGAGAUACUUAAUUCAGUUUAUAAUCUUUUAAU